AUGGGUAUAUUUGAUGAUUUGAACUUUGCUUUUGUUGGCAUCAACGGAGGUGAAAAAUCCAAACUUGUUGAAUUGAUCGAAGAAGAAGGAGGUACAAUUCACAAAUCCGUAAAGAAUGAUACCAAUUAUUUGGUUACUACAGAGAAGGCUGUCAAUGAAAAUGGAGCUACAGUCAAAUCAGCCUUUACUAAGAAAAUUAAAGUUGUUAAUAGUGAUUUUAUUAAUCAAUCGGCUGAACAAGAAAAAUUGCUUGACUCUGCAUCAUUUGAAUUGAAGGUUUCAAAGAAGAGAAAGGCUGAAGAAGAAGAUGAGGAAGAAGAAGAGGAGGAAGAGGAAGAAGAAGAAGAAAAGGUUGAAGAACCAGCCUCUAAGAAGAAGAAGGUUGUUUCAACUGGUAAAGUUCCUGUUGAUGAAGAAUCUGGUAUGCAAACUUCUGGUAAAGUUUAUAUUGAAGGAAAUGAUAUUUGGAGUGCUACUCUCAAUCAAACAAAUAUUGGAAAUAAUAAUAACAAAUUCUAUAUUAUCCAAUUGAUUGAAAGUGGAUCUUCAUACUAUGUUUUUAAUAGAUGGGGUAGAGUUUCUGCAAAAGGACAAUCUAAGUUAUCAAAGAUGGCUAGUUUACAAAAAGCUAAAGAUGACUUUGCUAAAAAGUUUAAAGAUAAGACUGGUAAUGAAUGGUCAAAGAGAUCUUCAUUCAAAUUUAAGAAUGGAAAAUAUGAUUUUGUAGAAAUUGAUUAUAGUGAAGAUAAUGAUGAUGAAAAAGAAGAAGAAGAUGAUGAAGCUAAGGAAGAAAAGAAAGAAAAGAAGGUUGUAGAAUCUAAACUUGAUUCUAGAGUUCAAGAUUUAGUUAAAUUUAUCAGUAACAAAUCUUUUAUUGAUCAAACUUUACGUGAAUUUGAAAUUGAUACAAAUAAGAUGCCACUUGGUAAACUUUCAAAGAAACAAGUUCAAGGUGGUUAUGAAGUUCUUAAAAAGAUUCAAGAUGUAAUUGAUGGUAAAAAUGAUGAUGAUGAUUUGGAAUCACUUUCAUCAAGAUUCUACACUAUUAUUCCUCAUCAAUUUGGACAUAGACAAGUUCCACCAAUUAUUAGAACCAAGACACAAUUGGAACAAAAGAUCAAGUUAGUUGAAUCAUUAAGUGAACUUGAAAUUGCCUCUAAGAUUAUUUCUAAAAAGUCAGAUGUCAAUAUUGUUGAUUCAAUUUAUAGUGAUUUGAAGACUGAUAUUACACCAAUUGCUAAGGAUUCUGAAGAAUGGAAGUGGAUUAACAAAUUUAUUCAAAAUACUCACGCUCCAACUCACUCUUAUUAUACUCUUGAAUUAGAAGAUGCUUUCGUUGUUAAUAGACAUGGUGAAACAGAAAAAUAUGUUGCUAAGAGUGAUAGUAUUAGUAAUAAGCAACUUCUUUUCCACGGUUCUAGAAGUACAAACUUUGUUGGUAUCCUUUCUCAAGGUUUGAGAAUUGCUCCUCCUGAAGCUCCAGCUACUGGUUAUAUGUUUGGUAAGGGUGUUUACUUUGCUGAUAUGUGUAGUAAGUCAGCAAACUAUUGUCAUGCUCACUUGUCAAACAAUAGUGGUUUGCUUUUACUUACUGAAGUUGCUUUGGGUAAUACUUAUAAUAGAACUCAAGCUGAAUUUGUUACUAAAUUGCCAAAAGAUUUACAUUCAUGUUGGGGUCAAGGUAGAACUGAACCAGAUAAUAAUGAAUUUUUGGAAAUUGAUUCUAGUUGUAGUGGUCAAAAGAUUAAAGUUCCACUUGGUAAACCAACACAAGUUCAAAGAAGUGGUUCAUUGUUGUACAAUGAAUUUAUUAUCUACGAUACUGCCCAAGCCAAUUUGAGAUAUCUCAUUAAGUGUAAAUUUAACAACAAGCAUUAA